CUUCACAUAAAGUACUAUUAAAGUGCCACCAAAAGCCACAACAGAGACACAUGUGAGUGUUCGACCAAGACCAGUUCUUCGGAUUGUCUCCUACAGGUUGAACUUGUGUCUUUCUGAGAAGAUUGAGUACGCUAUGCACUGUGAACUCUAAAUAUCGUGCAGCAUCAGAGAGUUAACUAACGAGGUUACGCCCAGCGGUCCACUGACAGAGCUGUGUUUGUCUCUCUGGUGUAAGGGUUAGAGCUAGGUCUGUUCAUUCCAGUCCACCAGCUUCUCACUCAAUGCAGAGCGUACUCUGCCAAGCUCCAUUUUAAAGUUAAGAGAACAUCAAAUUCGGAUGAUAUUGUUACAGUUUCCGUACUUAAAAUAAUGGACCGAGCGGCUAAAGAGGUGGAUGAGAAUGAAUCUCUGAUCAGAAGCCCUGACGGACCUGAGGAACGCCUCAAGUUCCCAAACCGAUCCCUUGUGUUUGCGGUGUGUGCAGCCUGCAUAGGAGGGACCUUUCAGUACGGCCUCAACGUCUCCGUCAUCAACGGCCCCUCCCAGGCUGUGCAGACCUUCAUCAAUCACACCUGGCUGGAGCGCUACCAAGCGACCAUCCCGGGUCACACCCUCACCCUGCUGUGGUCCACCAUCGUGUCCAUCUUCACCCUGGGGGGCCUACUGGGGGGGUGCAUAGGGGGGACCCUGUCAGUCAAGCUGGGCAGGAAAGGCUCUCUGUUGGCCAACAAUGGGUUUGCCAUCGUUGCUGCGCUGCUCAUGGGCCUCAGCGCCCCCACGGGGCUGUUUGAGCUGCUCAUUGUUGGGCGAUUCCUCAGUGGAUUAAACGCAGGGAUCGCUCUGUGCGUCCAGCCGCUCUAUCUUGGGGAGAUCGCCCCGACCGCGCUGCGCGGCUCCAUCUCCAUCGGCACCGUCGUCUUCAUCACCGGGGGGAUCCUAACGGGACAGCUCCUCGGACUCAAAGAGCUGCUGGGCGAUGAAGGCCUCUGGCCCCUCCUCCUCGCCACCACCUGCCUCCCGGCCCUGCUGCAGCUCGUCGCCCUGCCCUUCUGCCCCGAGAGCCCUCGCUUCCUGCUGAUGGACCGCGGCGACGAGGCGGCGUGUGAGGAAGCCCUGAAGCGGUUCAACGGUUUGGACCACUUUGAGAAGGAGAGGGAAGAUAUGGAGAGUGAGCGGAUCCUGGCGUUAGGCGUCCAGACGCUGAAACCCUGGGAGCUCUUUAAAGACCGCAGCCUGCGCUGGCAGCUCCUCACCGUCUUCGUCAUCAACUCUGCUCAGCAGCUCAACGGCAUAAACGCUAUUUAUUUCUAUGCAGAUUCUGUGUUCAGGCAGUGUGGUAUCGCUGCCGAUAAGAUUCCAUAUGCGACUGUGGGCACCGGCGCCUGUGAAUGCAUCACUGCGCUGACCUGUGGGCUGCUCAUCGACCGCCUGGGCAGGAGGGUGUUGAUCGUGGGAGGGUACUUCCUGAUGUCCGUCUGCUGCGUUGGGUUCACCCUGUCCCUGACCUACCAGGACGCCAGCACCGCCCUGCCCUAUGUGAGCAUGGCCUGCAUCUUCGCCUUCAUCCUGAGUUUCGGUUUGGGACCAGGUGGUGUAACCAACAUCCUGAACACGGAGCUCUUCACCCAGACCACGCGCCCAGCCGCGUACAUCAUCAGUGGGGUGGUGAGCUGGCUGAGCUUCUUCACCGUAGGGAUGGUCUUCCCCUUCAUCGUGAACGGGCUGCAGCAGUACUCCUUCCUGGUGUUCCUGGUGGUGUGCAUCGGGGCGGGGGCAUACAUCCUCUUUGUCGUCCCGGAGACCAAGGGUAAGACCUUCCUGGAGAUCCACCAGGAGUUCCAGAUGGGAGAGGAGAAGGAGAAACCAUCGCCUCGACUGCUCUAUGAACACACAGGAGGGGAAACCAUCGCCUCGACUGCUCUAUGAACACACAGGAGGGGAAACCAUCGCCUCGACUGCUCUAUGAACACACAGGAGGGGAAACCAUCGCCUCGACCGCUCUAUGAACACACAGGAGGGGAAACCAUCGUGUCAACUUAUAUGGACCACCGUGUUGACCGCUCUAUGAACUCACAGGAGGGGAAACCAUCGUGUCGACCCAUCUGUGAACUCACAGGAGGAGAAACCAUCGUGUCGACCCAUCUGUGAACACACAGGAGGUGAAACCAUCGUGUCAACUUAUAUGGACCACCGUGUUGACCCCUCUAUGAACUAUCGUGUCGACCCCUCUAUGACCACAGGAGGUGAAACCAUCGUGUCGACCCGUCUAUGAACACACAGCUCUGCCCUUGAACAAGUCAACUCAGGUCAUCACGACAGCUGAAGAUAACAAGAGGAUUCUUACUGAAUACUUUUCUACUGGUCAAAGACUGUUUUGGGAAGUCUGUAAUGAAAUGCACCAUCUUGAAAUGCUUUAAUUUUUAAUAAAGUUGAUAAUAUUUA